AUAAAAAUGGAAAUUGUUCAAGAAUUAUCCAGCCAAUAUAUUCUUUAUAUUCCUGUGGCUUUGGUUAUUAUUGGGGCUAUAUUAUUGUUUACUUUUGGUUUUAAAUCUGCCGAACAACCACCUUUUGAUAAACUCACCAAUGAGGAAAGAAAAUCAUCAGCUGGGAAGAAACGAAAAAUAAAGGACAAGAAAGUAAUUGCCAAUGGACAUGUAUCUACUGCCGAUAGUAAAACCGAUAAAUCCCCUGCCAAGGAAUCUAAAAAAUCACCAGCAAAAGUACCCACGGAAGUGAAACAAGAAAAGCGAGAAAAAAAAGUUGAGAAACAACAAGACAAAAUCAAACCUGAUUCUGCAAAACCGAGUAUCGAACUCGUCAAAAAUAAAAAGAAUUUAAGGAGACCCACUGAAAAACCAUUAGAUUUCGAUGACGGCGAUUGGGAAACGGUUCCUACAAAAUUCGAUAAAAAGAAGAAGGGGGACCAAUCCCCUGAUAAAAACAAGAAACCCAAAAGAGCUGAUAAUGUUGAAAAACUAGAAAAUCUGAAGCUGGCUAAGGAGGUUGUGAACAGGGAAUUGCAAGAGAAGGAUAAACAAGUGCAGAACAUUGAGGAACAACCUGAGCAACCAACUCCAGAAGAACCAGAACCAGCACCAGCUAUAAUUGAUAUCAGAAUUGAACAUGAAAUUGAACCUGAGGAGCCUGUUGUUGUUGUAGAAGAAAAGAAGGAGAAAGAAAAGAAAAAGAAGGAGAAGAAGCCCAAAAAAGAAGCUGUUGAGAAAGCUGUUGCUGUAGAGGAAGCUGAGGCACCUGUGGUUGAGGAAAAACUUGAUGAUCAACCAGAAGGUACAGCCCCCAAAGCAGUUGCUCCUGCAUUUGAUGAACUUGGAGAUAUAUGGACCGAAGCGAAACCAUCGAAGAAAACUGGUAAAAAGAAAGCACGUAGGGAUAACUAA